GAUCGCAGCCCCCGGCGGUUCCCGGGUCUCUCUCCCCGGCAGCCGGGGCUGGGCACCAGGCGGCGCGCGGGUUUGCCGGCAGGGGCUGCAGGGCGGAGGAGAGGACCCGAGCCCGCGGGGGCUGGGCGGAGGCGGGGCCGGGCUUCCGGACAGAGGCCAAUCGCUGCCCUCGGGGCCUCCAGCGCCGGCCCUGGGCCGAGGCAGCCAGAGUGCGGAAGAGGCCUGGAAAUCCACGCGGAUUCCCGGAGACAGCGGCUCUGCUCUGCGGGUUCGUGGCGAGGAAGUCCACCCACUGCUCCCGGGCGCAGGUCUGCAGGUCCGCGCCCACUGCCCGUGGCGCCACUGACCAUGUCGGUGACUGAUCAGGCUUUUGUCACACUGGCCACCAGUGACAUCUACUGCCAGGGCGCCCUGGUCCUGGGGCAGUCACUGAGGAGACACAGGCUGACGAGGAAGCUGGUGGUGUUGAUCACUCCUCAGGUGUCCAGCCUGCUCAGGGUCAUCCUCUCGAAGGUGUUCGAUGAAGUCAUUGAAGUGAAUGUAAUCGAUAGUGCAGACUACAUCCACCUGGCCUUUCUGAAGAGACCUGAGCUCGAGCUCACCCUCACCAAGCUUCACUGUUGGACUCUCACUCACUACAGCAAGUGUGUCUUCCUGGAUGCAGACACUCUGGUGCUGUCCAAUGUUGAUGAGCUGUUCGACAGGGGAGAGUUUUCUGCGGCCCCAGACCCUGGAUGGCCGGAUUGCUUCAAUAGCGGGGUGUUCGUCUUCCAGCCUUCUCUCCACACGCAUAAACUCCUGCUGCAGCACGCCAUGGAACACGGCAGCUUUGACGGGGCGGACCAAGGCUUACUGAAUAGUUUCUUCAGGAACUGGUCGACCGCAGACAUCCACAAGCACCUGCCGUUCAUCUAUAACUUGAGUAGUAACACGAUGUACACUUACAGCCCUGCCUUCAAACAAUUCGGUUCCAGUGCAAAGGUCGUCCACUUUUUGGGGUCCAUGAAACCUUGGAACUAUAAGUACAAUCCACAGAGUGGCUCGGUGUUGGAGCAGGGCUCAGCGCCCAGCAGCCAGCACCAGGCGGCAUUCCUUCAUCUCUGGUGGACGAUCUACCAGAACAGCGUGUUGCCCCUGUAUAAAAGUGUCCAAGCGGGGGAAGCACGCGCGUCUCCUGGUCACACACUUUGCCUCAGUGAUGUGGGGGUGCCGUGUGCAGAUUCAGCGUCUGGUGUCGGAGAGCCGUGUGAAAAUGCAACACCCAGUGCCGGCGUGCUGUGUGCAAAUUCACCACUGGGUUCUAAGCAGCCUGCUCAGGGCCUUCCGGAGCCGACCCAGAUAGUGGAUGAGACCCUGUCCCUACCUGAAGGACGCCAUUCAGAAGAUAUGAUAGCUUGUCCUGAAAUUGAGACUCCUGCCGUGAUAACGUGUGACCCACUGUCCCAGCCUUCCCCUCAGCUUGCAGACUUCACAGAGACUGAAACCACCUUGCAGCCAGCAAAUAAAGUCGAAAGUGUCUCAUCCGAGGAAACCUUCGAACCAAGCCAGGAACUCCCUGCUGAGGCUGUCAGGGACCCCAGUCUGCAGGAUGCACUGGAGGUCGACCUGGCCGUCUCUGUUUCCCAGAUCUCCAUCGAAGAGAAGGUGAAGGAAUUGAGCCCCGAGGAAGAGAGGAAGAAGUGGGAGGAAGGCCGUAUCGACUACAUGGGGAAGGACGCGUUUGCUCGCAUCCAGGAGAAGCUAGACCGGUUCCUGCAGUAAUCCGGCAGCUGGUGGGCGUUGUGUGUAGUUAGACAAUGUCCUGUUGCGUGGUCCUGUUGUGUGGAGAUCUCCUCUGGUCCUUUCAAAGGGAAACGCUGUUGAACCUUGUGCCUCUAUUUAUGCUUAAUCCAUUUGAGUGCCUCACGCAAAAAAACGUAGAGUAUAGAAAUCCACCUUAAAGCCCCUCGCCCCAACCCCUCCACCAAUGCCUUCUGGGCUUUCUUCAGAGGUCAGUUCUACCCUUGAACCUGUCGGCAAAAGCGAGCAGUAAUCACAUUCUAGUAGACCCUUGAUGGUGGUCUCUGCUCUUGCCCGAAGGACCUCCGCAGUACGCUGGAGCUGUGUUGUACAGGUGCUAUGAGACCUACCCUAUUUAGAAUUAAACCUCACCGCAGAUUUCCUCCCAUCACUAAGCUAACAACACUAAUAUAGGUAUUUAGCACCUCUGAGGCUUUGCCGUGGAGACCCAUUCCUGUAGGGCUAAGGAAACAUGUAGACGUGGUGAGUGACUUUCGUUUGGACUUGGCGAAGCGUAUCUGAGAAACACCUCGGCUGUGGUCUCUCUGCUUUAAAUCCUAGCAGGACUUCCUAGAGCGUUGACAGAAAUUCUACUUGCGGACGUUGGGAAGAAAGAUUGUAGGUGGCUUGGGGGAUGUAGGUGGCUUAGAGGAUCUAAACGGAUUCACUUCCUGGUUGAGAAGAAUCAAGGGCUUGCCCCUACGUGAUUUAGAGCAACAGCUUGCUCAGGAUAACAGGAUCUAGAGAUGCUCUCUGCUUGACGACAAAAGUCAGGGUGCAGUCGGUCCAGCCUUGACUGCUCUUGGCUUGUUCUCUGCCCUCACUACCUCAGUUCUCAAUCACUUGGUGAAUCACUGCAUCCCUCAACGCCAUUUCCACUCAGCUCUUUCCAGAGAAUUCUCAGUUUUAUGAGACGGGAAACUAUUUCACGAGAAAGCCUCAUUGUCAGAAGUAUCUUCAUUCAAUGGGCACAAUAUGCUGUGUAUCUCACCGGGUGGCUGUCAGGGGCCACCGAGAGUGUCGUUAAAAAUGGGCAUCGUUGUAAUAAAGGAGGAAAGUGCGACUUUUGAAAUGUUUGGAAAGUUUAUUUAUCAUGCACAUUCCAGGGAAAAGCAGAGAGUAAAUUAGAGAUGGGAUAGGAAGGCCGUGGGAGAACGCGAUCCUAGCCUGUGUCAGCUGGAUGCAUUUACAUGGAGAGGAGUGGCCACUUUUUAGGUCACCUGAAGCAGUUUUAACCUUUGGAUAGAGGAACCUGCCUGAAUUUAUGGCAUUAGUGGUGGCAUUUUUUUGUGUGCAGAUGUGGAUGAUGGAGGGGCUGUUUCUUUUUCCGUGUGGGUGGUUAAUAAUCUUCAGUCUCAGAGGGCGAUGCUCAUAGGAUAUUUCAGGGGUUAAUUUAAAAUAGCCAUGUGGAUACAGUCUCAGGUGAGUCAGGGUUGGAUGGUCGUCGGCUUUCAGAGGGAGACCACGGGAAUGUUCAGGGAAAAAAUGUCAGCUUCUCUGAGGACCAGAAUUCAUGUUCACGGGCAGUGAUGAGUUGGCUUAUGGAGUGAGUCCAGUCUGGAAUUCCGCUGUGCAUUCUAGCCUGUAUCAUCUCAUUUGGACAAAUGCUGACACAUUUAAAUUAAAAUGUUAAAAAACA